AUGGGGACAGGAACAGGCAUUGAUGUCGUAGAGCAUCAAGCCAGCCCCCCCUCGCAGCGCCUUGCGAAAUACACCGACCGUCACCACGACCGGGGUUACCCCGUCGCCCGUCCAAGCACUUCAGAUAGGCGGCUACUAGGGUCUCCACAAGAUGCUGGCGAGCCCGCACCAGUCUACGGCACUGUGUACGGACGAACAAGCCGUGAGAGGACCUGGGUAGCUGUCAUGGACACGGGAGGCCAACAGAAGGAGGCGCUCUUUUAA